UACUCGAAUCUUUAUGUAAUAUGAUAAAAGGAACACCACUGAUACUUUAGUCUCGCCAAAACUUUACUCGUUAUUUCUUGUUUAACGCUUCGUGCAAAUUGUUACCAAACGUACCGGCUAAACGCGUGUAAACAAAAUUUGUAUAAAAAAUGGAUAUUACAAUCACGGAUAUCGAUGCGAAAGAUAUUAGAUUUCCAACAUCGUUGUUAGCAGAUGGAAGCGAUGCUAUGCACACCGAUCCCGAUUAUUCUUGUGCGUACGUAACAAUAAAGACUAACAAGGACAUCGAAGGAUACGGACUAACAUUUACUUUGGGUAGAGGGACGGAAAUUGUCGUUCAAGCAUGCAGAUCAAUGUCGUACUUGGUACAAGGUCAAAAUGUUAAUAACAUUUUUGAAAACUUCGGAUCCUUUUGGAGGAGAUUGACUAGCGAGUCGCAGCUGAGAUGGAUCGGACCGGAAAAAGGUGUAACUCAUCUCGCCACAGCGGCUAUAAUAAACGCAUUGUGGGAUUUGUGGGCGCGAAUUGAGAAUAAACCUGUUUGGAAAUUGCUGGUCGAUUUAACUCCCGAGCAAUUAGUUUCUGCGAUAGAUUUCAGAUACAUUACCGACGUUAUCACAAAGGAAGAAGCGUUACAGAUGCUUAAGGAUAACGAAGGAGGAAAGGCGGAACGUGAAAAAUUUUUACAAAAGAACGGAUAUCCAGCGUACACGACGCAAGUCGGUUGGCUUGGAUACAGCGACGAGAAAGUUAAAAGUCUUUGCAAAAAGUUUCUAGACCUUGGCUUUACAUCCUUCAAGGCAAAGGUUGGUCAGAACUUGAAGGACGACAUAAAGAGAUGCCAAUUGAUACGCGACAUGAUAGGAUACGAAAACAAGUUGAUGCUGGAUGCGAAUCAGAUUUGGGAUGUCGACGAAUCGAUAGAGUGGGUGAAACAGCUAUUGAAGUUUAAACCAACGUGGAUCGAAGAACCGACAUCUCCGGAUGAUGUGUUAGGUCACGCUAAGAUCGCUAAUGAAUUAAAACCGUACGGCGUCGGUGUCGCUACUGGUGAAAUGUGCGCAAAUCGCGUCAUGUUCAAACAAUUACUACAAGCAAAAGCAAUUAGUUAUUGUCAAAUCGAUUCGGCUAGGAUAGGAGGAAUUAACGAAAUAUUAGCUGUUUAUUUCAUGGCAAAGAAAAUGAGAGUUCCCGUGUGUCCGCACGCUGGUGGAGUAGGUCUGUGUGAAAUGGUUCAACACCUCCAAAUGUGGGAUUUCAUUAGUUUGAACACGUCUACUGAAAAUCGCGUGAUCGAAUUCGUCGACCAACAACACGAGCACUUCGAGCAUCCUGUACGAGUUCUGAAUGCUUGCUACAUGCCACCCACUGCUCCAGGAUAUUCGACUAAAUUCAAAGACGACUGCUUGGAAAAGUAUACGUAUCCGAACGGCGAACAAUGGAAGUAUAUGUACGAAAAAGGACUCUUCCAAAGACCAUCUGUCUAAAGUAAAUUAAAAAUUAAUGUGAACUUAUAUUAAGCAUACAAUGCUUGUAUUGAUAUAAAUAAAUCUUUUACAAAAGUAA